AUGAUAAAUUCGAUUUCUAUCGAAACGAUUAUCGAUGUAAAUAAUAAUCAUCAUUUAUUAUUGAAUUCAUCUAAACAUAAUUCAAUAUUUUCAACAGAAACAAAUCGUCAUAUAAGUUUCAAUGAUAAAUAUGAUGAUAAACAAGAAGAAAAAAGAACAACUUUAACACAUAUUGAUUUUAUUCAUGCAUCUGAAAAUGAAAUUCUUCAUCGAUAUUUAUCAUAUUUCGAACAAUGUUUACCUUUAUUUAUAAAUAAAAAUUUAGAAAAUUUUAAUAAUAAAAUCGAUAUUGAAAAAUUUCAAUUGAGUAAUACACGUAUUCAUCAUAAAGAUGAUAUUGAAUUAUAUCAUUUAAAACGAAUACAAAUUACAUUUGAAAAUAUUGAAAAAAAUGAAAAACUUCCUUUAGAUAAAGAUAUUAUCAUAAUUAUUGAUGCUUUUCAUAUUUAUAUUGAAAAUUUAAUUAGAAAAAAUGUUUUUAUUAAUCAAUGUAAAACUGAACAAAAAUUAAAUGAAAAUGAAUUUUUAUCAAUAAUUAAUAUCAAUUAUGGUGAUCUAUUCAAUAUAAUUUUAUCAUCAUUUAAUCAUAUUUGUCAUUCUUCAUUAAAUAUACUUAAACCUUCAAAAAUAGCUGAAAUAUUAAUUUUUCUUUUUCAUAAUCUGUUUUCGAAUAUGAAUGAUUAUUCUAUGAUAAAAAUUUUAUCAUUACUAAUUGAAAAUUAUCAUCAUCUUAAUUUCUAUUCAAAUGAUUCAAUUCAAAAUAAAACAAUUUCAUCAUUUUCUUCAAUUAAAAACUUUCCAAAUAAUAUUAAUCGACAAUAUUUAUUAGCUUUAGAUAUUCUUAUGAAAUCUAUUGAAGAAUCAACAAUAAAAUGUCCUUAUAAUAUUCAAUUAUUAAAUUGUAAAUAUAUGUAUAAUUCAACAAAAACUCUACUUACAAAAAUAUUCUAUGAAAUUCGUACAUCAAAUCAUGAAAAAUAUUCUAUUGAAAAUCAAUAUGAUUGUAUACAAGUAUUUCGAGCUAUUUUUAAAAAAAUUUUUAAUUAUUCAUCAUUAUCAAUGAUAAAAACAAUUGAAGAUAAACAAACAUAUAUGGAUUUUAAAAUAGAUGAAAAAGAUUUUGAAAUAGUUAUUAUUUUUUUUAAACAUUUAUCUAAAAUGAAUAAACGAUGUACAAAUGAAUAUGAACAAAAUUUUAUUUUCGAUUAUUUUUCAACGAUUUUAUUUGGUGAUUUACAUCGAAAAAUAAUAUCGAAAAAAAUUAGACAGAUUUUUCAAUUAUUUAUUCAACAUUUUGAACAAAUUCAAUGGCAAUAA